AUGUGUUUGACUCCCUCUGUGAUAAAUCCAGAUUGCGGACCUUUCUCUCGGAUCCUGAGGGACCACCAGCUGCAAAGGGAGGACUUGUGGGUCCGUCAGGGUCGGAUCCUGGACCCAGAGAAACUGUUCUUUGAUGAAAAAGGAUUUGCAGAUGAACGAGUCGACUGUGGAGGUGACAUCAUCGCUCCAGGGUUCAUCGACGUCCAGAUCAAUGGGGGAUUUGGAGUGGACUUCUCGCUGCCUUCUUCAGACGCAGCAGCAGGAGUCCGUCUGGUCGGAGAGAGGAUCCUGGAGCACGGAGUCACAUCCUUCUGUCCCACACUGGUCACAUCACCGCCCUCGGUCUACCACCAGGUUCUUCCUCAGAUUAAAGUCCAAAAUGGUGGAGCACACGGAGCCGGAGUUCUGGGCGUGCACCUUGAGGGCCCCUACCUCAGUCCCCUGAAGAAGGGGGCCCACCCAGAGAAGUGCCUCAGGUCGUUCUCGGGGCCCGGGCUCCAGGACCUGAUCCAGACCUACGGGACUUUGGACCCCGUCACCGUGGUUACCUUAGCCCCAGAGCUGAAGCACAGCAGGGGGGUGGUGAGGGAGCUGACAGGGAGGGGCAUCACUGUGUCUCUGGGUCACUCUGCUGCUGAUUUGUCGACGGCUGAAGAUGCUGUUCAGAACGGAGCCUCGUUCAUCACUCACUUGUUCAACGCCAUGCUCCCGUUCCACCACAGAGACCCUGGGAUCGUGGGGCUUCUCACCAGCGACCGACUCGACCGCAGUGUUUUCUACGGAAUGAUCUCAGACGGGAUCCACACUCACCCUGCAGCUCUGCGCAUCGCCCACCGAGCCCACCCUGCAGGCCUGGUGCUGGUCACAGAUGCCAUACCUGCCCUGGGUCUUCCCGCAGGUCGUCACACUCUGGGGCAACAGGAGGUGGAGAUCCAAGGGCUUCAGGCUUUUGUGGCAGGGACGCAGACCCUCAGCGGCAGCAUCGCCCCCAUGGACAUAUGUGUGCGCCACUUCAGACAGGCCUCCGGCUGCAGUCUGGAGGAGGCUCUAGAGGCCGCCUCUCUGCAUCCUGCACAGCUGCUGAACCUCAGCCACAGGAAGGGGGCGCUAGACUACGGCUGUGACGCAGAUCUCCUGAUCCUCGACGAUGAGCUCAAUGUCAAAGCCACGUACAUCAGUGGAGAAGAAGUCUGGAAGAAAAACUUGACUCUCCCCGUCUCUGGAGCGUCUGUGCGGGGGGCGACAGCCUCUGCCCGCUGGGGAAGCAUCCACAACAGCACCACCUCCUCCUCUCAUCCGCGGACUCUGCUUCCCACGGAUGAACUUCCAUCUCCCUGCGCGUCCACAGUCCCCCGAGCCGCGCGUGCAGGAACCGGGGAGAUGCCGGUGCGACGCGGGCAUGUGGCUCAGCAGAACACGUACCUGGACACGAUCAUCCGCAAGUUCGACGAGCGCAGAUCCAGAGAGAGGAGCACAGACUGUUCUCAUGGUUGUCUUCAUUAUCAUCUGGACAACGCUGUGGUCAAAGCGCUGCUCUUUAAUCUAUCCAAAGCUCUCCCUCCCUCAGGCCGCAGGUUCCUGAUCGCCAGCGCGCAGAGGAGCAGCUGCUCUGUUGUUUUCUGCAACGAUGCUUUCUGCCAGAUGUUCGGCUUCAGUCGGGCUGAGGUCCUGCAGCAGCCGGCCAGCUGCCCCUUCCUGACGGGACCAGGGACCACGACCAGCGCCCUGACCCAGCUCACAGAGGCUCUGCAGGGGGGAGAGGAGCGCAAGGUCGAAAUCCUCUUCUACUGCAAGGAUGACGUGGUCCCGGUGAAGAGUGAGGAGGGGGAGGUCAUCAUGUUCAUCCUGGACUUUCAGCAGCUGCUCGACCCAAACCUGAAGAAUAGAGGACUGAAGCACAGAGUCACACAGAGCUGGCUCUACUGUCGAGGUCAGCGUCUGAGGAUGUGUUUCCCGGUGCUGAGGUCGGUGCAAAGACCAAGUCUGAAGAAGGAGCCGUUUGAGGGAGUCAUGGUGGAUUAUCUAUCUCCGGACUCAGAGCAGGUCCCUCUGAAAGAGUUCCGGAUCCCGUCGAAGGAGAGUUGUGUUCAAUCUGAAACUGAGGCUUUGAUCGAGCAGGACCGUCCCACUGGUGCCAAACGCCGGUCUCUGCUGGUCUGUGCACCAGAGAGACCAGAAAGACCAGAGAGAGACUCUGUGCACGCGCUCCGCCGAGCCUCCUCCCUGGACGAGAUUGAGGGCACGAAGACAGAGAGGAACACAGACGACAACAACCCCAACCUGAAGCCCAGUGUGAGCUCGACCUCGGACUCGGACCUCCUGAGGCUGCGCUCUGUCUCCAGGAUCCCGCAGGUGGCGCUGUCCUUCGCCUCGGACCUCAGACCUCCCUCACCCUCCGAGAUCGAGAUCAUUGCCCCGAGCAAGAUCAAAGAGAGGACCCAGAACGUGUCCGAGAAGGUCACGCACGUCACCCAGGUAACGCCCACCGUGUGA